GCCCAGCCGCGGCGCAGGUCCGGCGCGGGCGGCGCGCGCUGACGGAGGGCGGCGGCUGCGGCCAGGGCGGCCCGUGGGACCGAGGGCCCCCGGCGCCGCGCCGCGCGGCUCCCGGCCCUGCCGGCCUGCUCGCUCGGCGCCGCGGCCAUGGCGGCCAGCGCGAAGCGGAAGCAGGAGGAGAAGCACCUGAAGAUGCUGCGGGACAUGACCGGCCUCCCGCACAACCGAAAGUGCUUCGACUGCGACCAGCGCGGCCCCACCUACGUGAACAUGACGGUCGGCUCCUUCGUCUGCACGUCCUGCUCCGGCUGCCUGCGAGGUUUAAAUCCACCACACAGGGUGAAAUCUAUCUCCAUGACAACAUUCACACAACAGGAAAUUGAAUUCCUGCAAAAGCAUGGAAAUGAAGUCUGUAAACAGAUUUGGCUAGGAUUAUUUGAUGAUAGAUCUUCAGCAAUUCCAGACUUCAGGGAUCCACAAAAAGUGAAAGAGUUCCUACAAGAAAAAUAUGAAAAGAAAAGAUGGUAUGUCCCACCAGAACAAGCCAAAGUGGUGGCAUCAGUUCAUGCAUCUAUUUCAGGGUCCUCUGCUAGUAGCGCUAACAGCACCCCUGAGGUCAAACCACUGAAAUCUCUUCUAGGAGAUUCAGCACCAGCCCUGCACUUGAACAAGGGCACGCCUAGUCAGUCCCCUGUUGUAGGUCGCUCUCAAGGGCAGCAGCAGGACAAGAAGCAGUUUGACCUUUUAAGUGAUCUUGGCUCAGACAUCUUUGCUGCUCCAGCACCUCAGUCAACAGCUACAGCCAAUUUUGCUAACUUUGCACAUUUCAACAGUCAUGCAACUCAGAAUUCUGCAAAUGCAGAUUUUGCAAACUUUGAUGCAUUUGGACAGUCUAGUGGUUCGAGUAAUUUUGGAGGUUUCCCCACAGCAAGUCACUCUCCUUUUCAGCCCCAAACUACAGGUGGAAGUGCUGGAUCAGUAAAUGCUAAUUUCGCUCAUUUUGAUAACUUCCCCAAAUCCUCCAGUGCUGAUUUUGGAACCUUCAGUACUUCCCAGAGUCACCAAACAGCAUCAGCUGUUAGUAAAGUUUCAACAAACAAAGCUGGUCUACAGACUACAGACAAAUAUGCAGCACUUGCUAAUUUAGACAAUAUCUUCAGUGCUGGGCAAGGUGGUGAUCAGGGGAGUGGCUUUGGAACCACAGGUAAAGCUCCUGUUGGUUCUGUGGUUUCAGUUCCCAGUCAGUCAAGUGCAUCUUCAGACAAGUACGCAGCCCUGGCAGAACUAGACAGUGUUUUCAGCUCUGCAGCCACCUCUAGUAACGCGUACACUUCCACAGGCAGUGCCGGCAGCAGUGUUUUUGGAACAGUGCCAGUGGGUGCUCCCACCCAGACACAGCCUGCUUCUUCAAAUGUGCCUGCUCCAUUUGGAGCUACGCCUUCAACGAAUCCAUUCGUUGCUGCUGCUGGUCCUUCGGUGGCAUCUUCUACAAAUCCAUUUCAGACCAAUGCCAGAGGAGCAACAGGCCUUUCUGGAGCAAUGCAUUCUCAAGUGUUUCCUCACGCUCAUUUUGCGGCCACCUUUGGCACUGCCUCCAUGAGCAUGCCCGCGGGCUUCGGCACUCCUGCCCCCUACAGUCUCCCCACCAGCUUCAGCGGCAGCUUCCAGCAGCCUGCCUUCCCCGCCCAAGCCGCUUUCCCUCAGCAGACAGCUUUUUCUCCACAGCCCAAUGGUGCAGGUUUUGCAGCAUUUGGACAAACAAAGCCAGUGGUCACCCCUUUUGGUCAAGUUGCAGCUGCUGGAGUGUCUAGUAAUCCUUUUAUGACUGGUGCACCGACAGGACAAUUUCCAACAGGAAGCUCAUCAACCAACCCUUUCUUAUAGCCUUAUAUAGACACUUUACUAGAUUGAACUUUUGCGUGGUCACAUUACAUCUCUCCGCCUCUUGCACUCUUGUCUUGUUUCACUGAUCUUAGCUUUAAACACAAGAGAAGUCUUUAAAAAGCCUGCAUUGUGUAUUAAAUACCAGGUAAUAUGUGCAAAACAGAGGGCUCCAGUAACAACUGUUAACCUGUGAAUUGGCAGGAAAAGUUAGCGGUAUCAUGUAUAUUAAAAAUUGGCUAAUAUUAAGUUAUUGCAGAUACCACAUUCAUUAUGCUGCAGUACUGUACAUAUUUUUCUUAGAAAUUAGCUAUUUGUGAAUAUCAGUAUUUGUAACUUUAACACAUUGUUAUGUGAGAAAUGUUACUGGGGAAAUAGAUCAGCCACUUUUAAGGUGCUGUCAUGUUUCUUGGAAUGAAUGACCUAAAAUCAUUUUAACCAUUGCUACUGGAAAGUUACAAAGUCAAAAUUGGAAGGUUUUAUUCAGUCUUGAAUUUUUCCUUUCUAAAGAGCUCUGCCAUUUAUACAUACCCAAAUUCUUUAAAAAUGUAGAGGGAUACCUGUCUACAUAAUAAAGCUCAUCAUGUUUUGCUACAGUUUGCAGGUGAAAAAAAUAAAUAUUAGAAAAUAUGCUAUUGUUUUUGUGUUCUUGCUGCAAUGCCUUUACCAAAGUGGCCUUAAGUAUGAGUAGUGAAUUGAGAACAUCUUGAAUUCUUAAAUUACAAUUUCAGAAGACUUCUAGUGACUAACUUUUAUGUCUAAAAGAGAAAAUUUUAUAAAAAGGCCAUGUAGAAAAUUCAUGAAAACUACUAUGACUGCUGUAAUUCAGGAAUAUGUCAGUGGUAAAGCAUUUAAAUAUAGCUUGUCAGAUUCACCAUAAUCCUUCUAAUUUCUCUGCAACUUAUUAAUUUUGUGAAAAUGUGUAUAUAUAAAGAAUUUGCAUGUAUGUGUAUUCACAAAUUUUUUUUAAGUAUCUUGAAUUCUCAGACUGCAGAAGGCCUAUUUUAACUAUGAUUUAAAAAAAAAUACUGUCUUUGAAUGUACUGGAAGCAGACAUGCAGUAACUGUGACAUAAUUGCACCUCAGUUUUUUUUUUUCCUUUGGAUGAACUGGUAUUAUUAAUAGGACAUUUAUUUAUGUUCAUUUCUGGGGGAAAGAAACUGGAACCCAGUGUUACCUUAAAGUUAUAGAAUACUUUGUUUAAAAAGGCAACAAUUCUAAUGUGUAGUUAUAUCUUUUUGUUAAUAUGCAAGUGAACUUGUUUAAAUAUUUAUAUGUAGUGAUGCCUCAUUCAUCCAGACAUAAUCUGGUAGUCUCAUCAAAAGAGAACACAACUGGGAAACUUGGUAUAAUACUUUUUUGAAAAAUGCCUUUAAGCAACCCACGUAAGUCACAAAGUCUAUAUGUUAGAGCUCAUGCAUAUGUUUUUAUGUGAAAUUCUGAUUAUUUGGUUUUCUAGCCCAUAGCACAUUAACAGUUCAGAAGUGAUGGCUUGAAAGGAAGGCAAUAGAAAAAGCUAUGAAGAGCAUACAUGGUUGAAGACCCUUUAAUGUAGGGACAGCCAUCCUAGCCUAGCAGACAGCACUGUAUCAUACCAUCUUCUGAUAAUUGGCUAUUACUGUGACUCUGUGUCAUCCAGAAAAGGUAAAAUUACAUAUACAAAUAUGUAAUACAUGUUUGAAAACUUUAAUCUUACUUGAUGAAGAUAAAUGAUAUAAAAAUGAUUUUUAAAUGUUUUUGAAAGCUUUGGCAUUAAAUGAGAUGAACGUCAGUUUCCUCAAAUGUUUUACUCAUGUUGAGUUCCUUUUCUGGUGGUGACUAAGAGUUAUCCUACUAUAUUAAAGUCUGUGUCAUAUUUUA